AUGAAGGCCUUGUACUGUCAGCAGAAUUCACCUGGGGAGGAAGUGACCUUUGUCUUCCAGGAAAGAGAAAACCUUCAUCCUACAAGAGACAAUGAUGUGAAAGUACAAGUUAGAGCCUGUGCGCUGAGCUGGAUAGAUACAAAGCUACUGUCAGAAAUGAAAAUGGAGAAGGAGCUUUUACCUGUUGGUCGAGAAAUUUCUGGAAUUGUAUUGGAAGUUGGAAGAAAGGUGUCCUUUUUUCAGCCUGAUGAUGAAGUAGUAGGAAUUUUGCCCCUGGAUUCUGAAGAGUCUGGUCUUUGUGAAGUUGUUCUAGUUCAUGAGCAUUAUUUGGUUCGUAAACCAGAAAAAGUUUGCUGGGUUGAAGCAGCAGGGACUGUUCGUGAUGGCGUCCGAGCAUACACAGCUUUACACUACCUUUCCCAAGUCUCUCCUGGAAAAAGUGUCCUUGUAAUGGAUGGAGCAAGUCCGUUUGGUACAAUAACUAUUCAGUUAGCACAACAUAGAGGAGCUAAAGUAAUAUCUACUGCCUACAGUCUUGAAGAUAAGCAGUUCCUGGAGAGGCUUAGACCUGCUGUGGCCCGAGUGAUAGAUGUGUCGAACGGGAAGAUAGAUGUGGCAGAAAGCUGCUUGGAAGAAACAGGUGGCCUGGGAGUGGAUAUUGUAGUAGAUGCUGGAGUAAAAUUAUAUAGUGCUGAAGAUGAAUUGACUUCAAAAUCACAGUUGCUGCCUCAUAAGCAUGACAUCAUCACUCUUCUUGGUGUUGGGGGACACUGGAUAACAACAGAAAGAAAUCUGCAGCUGGAUCCUCCAGAUAGCCAUUCCUUGUUUCUUAAAGGAGCUACAGUCUCCUUUCUGAAUGAUGAGAUAUGGAACUUGUCCAAUAUACAGCAAGGGAAGUAUCUCUGCAUUUUAGAAGACAUAAUGGAGAAAUUAUCAAGUAGCGUUUUCAGGCCUCAGCUGGAUGAACCGAUCCCAUUGUAUGAAGCCAAAGUUUCUAUGGAAAUAGUUCAGAAGAAUCAAGCAAGAAAAAGACAAGUCAUUCAGUUCUGACACAUAAUUUCCCAAUUUCUAAGCCUGUAGAAGAUAAAGAAACAAAGUAUUUAAGAAGUAAAUUAAUGUACGCUUUCAAAUAAUUCUGUAACCAGAAUUUAAAGAUCUUUUGUACCUUGGCACAAAUGGUCUGUGAAGUUCCUGAGACUUCAGAGGAUUUUUCUGGGACUCAGUUAAGCAAAAUGUUUCCAUCAGCAACUACUAGAGACAGUCUUGACACACAAAUCUUGACUGCCCUGCUUGCUUUACAAAUGUCAGUAACAUCUAUGUGCAACCUCAUUUGUUGUUUUUCAACCAUAAGAAAUUAAAGUGGAAAAAAAUGCUGGUUUGGUUGUUUUAGUUCUCCCUUCUACAGCGCCUAUUAAUAAUCCCCUUCAGGUUUCCUUUUUCUUUUUGACUACAUUGAGACUGAGCACUGCCUGUAGUACACUUAAGUCUUCAAUGCACAUUUAAAAUUGUUCGAUAAUUGAAAGACAGGGUGGCCAAACCAUCAGGAUUGGCAAAGAUCCUAGAGGGGAGAGAUGGUGCUUAGAGCGGGAGAUCCCUCCCUGCUGAUUUUCUUCAUUUUAGCAAGCAGAGACUGUAAACCUGACUUAUUAGCUUAUGGACUGUAGGUACUACAAUUGUGUGAUUCAGCUGUUUGACACACUUUAUGUUUGUUAUAAUGUUCUUUGAUAUCUUUCCAGUAAGAUUUUUGUGUUCUGUGCACUUUCACUUCUCCUUUUUAACCUCAGUCCUAUGCAUAGCACAGCUCAAAUCUGUUUAUCCAGCAUCCUCUAUUACCAUGCCUUUUCUGCAGAUCAGUAGUAGGGAGGGAACUGCUGUUUUUCUUCAAGGCAUGUGGUUUCCUACUUGCUCUUAUUUGAUAGCAUUUUUUUUUAAGUGGACACCAGCACUUUGAACCAGUGUAAGAAGUUAGAAUAUUUGAGUGAAAAUGUAUUUGAGUGGAAAUGGGUCAUCUAGAACCAUGAUUACUGCAUCUUCUGUCAGUCACGGGACGCAUAGGUUAUUAAUAAAAUGAUGCAAGGGAAGGAUGUAAAAGCAUGAAUAAAUCUUAUUUUAACUACUGGUGAGAUGUAACACAGCCUUGAAAAUAACUAGGGCUUUUACGCAUGUGUGCACGUCUAAAGUAUGCAAGUCCUCUGUUAGUUUGAAAUAUCUGAAGCUUUCUACCAACUGCUGAUUUUUUCCUAAUGUUCAUUUUAGCUUAAAUGCUUGUUAAAUAAAGUGUAUCAGAGGACGCCAAAUAAGAGAA